AUGGAUACCACAGUUUGUGAGGACUGCGGAGACUUCGUCCGGCGCAACUACGCCGAAGUCUUUGGCAGUGCAGAUGACAAGAGACUCGUCGCCAAAGUUCUGGGUGCCGCUGAAACAGGCUGCCGGCUCUGCCAAGCUAUAGUGAACAAGUUCAAGUCACUCCAGCCAGAUCUGCUCUUAGUCGCCCACGCAAACGGUCAACGGGCUACGUUCCACUGGUUCGCAAGGCCAUACGGGAAUUCGAACAUAAUCUCACCGGAAGAUUGGGAAAGAACCUUCUUGGCUGUCUCUAUCUUGGAAUUGAAGGUCGAAUUCCGCAUGUGGCGCGUGACAGAUGGGUCCGCAGCAAGAGCCUCAUUUGAUGAUCAUAACACAGGUUCGGAACCUAGUUUCACGAGGGCGGCCAAGUGGUUGCGCGAAUGCAUGCGGGAACAUGACAACUGCAACCAAGUCAAUAUUCCUAGAGACUGGGUCCCACACCGACCGCUCAACACUGGAUUAAGGUCUCCGUUCCCCGACAUGAUUAAACUCGAAGAGACCAAGGGCUGGCAAACACCCGUGCGAUAUGCCGCAUUAAGCCAUUGCUGGGGCGAUAUACAGCCUCUCAAACUGCUACAGAACAACCUGCAUACGCUUGUACAUGGGAUCCCCUUAGGAGACCUGCCAAAGUCUUUCCAGGACGCGGUUCAUACAGUUAGAAUGUUGGGAAUCCAAUAUCUUUGGAUAGACUCCCUAUGCAUCAUUCAAGACUCGAAGAAGGACUGGGAUGUUGUGUCAUCUCUAAUGACAUAUGUUUAUGGCGGAAGCAUGCUGAAUAUUGCGGCGGCUGCAUCCAACGACUGUAUGGGUGGAUUGUUCCAAAAUCGACAAUCUUCUUACUUAGGCCCCUGUUUGUUGUCGGUGGCAAGCCGGGAUCGAGUAUCGAUAUUACGUUAUCAACUGUACGACAGAAAUCUCUGGAAUGCCGAGUUCGAAUCCGCCAAGCUCAACACACGGGCCUGGGUAGUGCAGGAGCGCAUGUUAUCACCCCGCACGCUUGCUUUCACCAAGACGCAGCUCUUCUGGGAGUGUAGGUGUAAGCGAGCCUGUGACGAGUUCCCUUCAGGCUAUCCUGUCGAGUAUUUUGAUAAGCCACCGAUGACCUUCGAGCUGCCCAGUCUUGAUAGCAAACUGAAGACGCAGGCUCUAAUCGGCAAGGAAGAUAGCCGACUAGGCGAGAGCCUUACAUGCAGCCCAGUCUUGCCUGGCACAACCUGGUUAUGCUGUAUUCAAGACAGAACAUAA